AUGGCGCAAACUGACCCAGUCUUUCCUCCCGGGCCCAUGGUGAUGGAGCAUCUGGAGUUCACCGACAGCGAGCGAUCGAGCGUUCGGGUGGUCAACGGCUUUGCGGUGAUAUCGACGCUUGCGCUGGUGUCUGUCGCGGUGAGGAUUGCAUGGCUGGCGACCCGCAGGUUCUUGCGGAAGGACCCCACGCUGCCCAAGGAAUAUGCGUUCUUCAGGACGCAGCUGGGCAACUAUGCGGUGUGCUUGCUUGUUGCGAAUAUGUGCAACUGCGUGUCCGGGCUGAUGGGGAUCAAGUACACCGUUGACAGCGGCAUCGACGACAAUUCGUACUGUCAGGCGCAAGCCGUAAUGAUGCAGCUGGGCAACUGCGCCACCGCGUACUUCACGGUCGCCAUCGCCUUCCAUUCAUUUGCAUCCCUCGGCCUUCGCGUCCGCCAUUCCGCCGUCAUUGGCACCGUCACGAUCACCGCUGGCUGGGUCGGGUCUGUGCUGCUAGUGACACUACCCACGCUCGCGCCGCGCGAUGCGGGCCCGCUGUACGGCAUAUCUGGGCUAUCGUGUGCCGUGCGAAACGUGUAUCCUACGCAGCAGUUUGAGUUCCACAUCUUGCCUAUCUUUAUAGCGUCGGUCCUUUCUGCCAUUCUUUACUCACUUAUAUUCCUGGUGCUGCGGGGGACGCUGAAGAUUCGCGAUGGGAUUUCCCUCAACUUCAACCCCGCGGCCAGAUACGACAUGACGGAAGGCCAAGGAUACCACCAAUUCGUGGUCAGCAUUGCCCACAGCCUUGUUUGGUAUCCAAUCGUAUACAUCAUCCUCAUGCUGCCCUACUCGAUCACGCUGCUCCUCGCCAUCGCGGGCUUCGCCAUACCCUUCCCAGUCAUCAUGGUCGCCUUCGUUCUCUAUUUCAUGAUCAGCGUCGCCAACGUCCUCCUCCUUUACAACACCUUCCGCGUCCUUGGCCCCGCCUUCGACUCGCCCUCCUUCACCACGCCGUCGAAGACGAACGUCAUCGGCACCCUCGCCAGCGCCUUUUCGUCCAAGAAGGACUUGGAGAAGGACGGGAAUACGAUGUCAUGGUAUUCGCAGUCGAGUCAGCCGAGGCCGAGUCUGCAAAGUCAGACGAGCGUGCCGACGCUGGCGUACAACCAGGCACCCUCCCAACAUUCCCGCGCUGGCAACACCUCGUACGCUGCCGGCGUCCGUCAGCCAUCUGCUGCCUCCAUGCAUCCUCGUCAACUGUCGGUCGCCUCCUCCCUCUCAAGCACGAGCGAAAAGCAGCCCGAGUCGCCCGAGAUCGGCAGCUGGCGCGUGCCGCAGCCCGCCCCCGUGGCGCGGAAAAUGUGGGAGCGCAAGCCUUCGUACGACGCGAGCGGUGCCCCUUCUUAUAACGCAAACGCCACGCCGCGCGUGCGCUAUAACGCGGACGGCAGCGUGGCGCACGGGAGCGUCGACUCGAACAUGUCCGCCAAUCACAAUACGGGCGUGACCUCGAACCGCAUCUCAGUCGCGUCGUCGGAGAGCAGCCUGCGCGUGCUCGUGCUGCCGAGUCAGCAGCGUCCCACCGGAACGAGCCGCGCGCAGACGCCGCCAGGCCCUGUCGGUCGCGCUCAGAGCCCUCCUGGUCAACAGCGCCUUGUGCCGCCGCCUAAUCGUGCGCAGACGCCGUCCGUGGCGUCGCAGGACAUCCGUGGGUGGCUGGCGCGGCAGCCAGAAAAUGGUGGUAUGCCCCGCCAGCCGGCCGCUGCUGCCGCCAACCCACACCCCACGGGCCGCCUCCCUCGGGAGCUCAUGAUGGGCCGGCCAUCGAGCCCGACGGGGAGCCUGUCGAGCACGUCGAGCGCGGGGUCGCGGAGGUUGGUGAAGCCGUAUCGUGGGCAGCUCUAG